GCUUACACAGAGCCGUAGCGAUCUCGUUCAUCUCUCAAUUUUCUCUUUUGUUCUGUUCUGUUCUGUUCUGUGUUGUAUUUUGCCAAGACACGUGAAAGGCAAGAAAAAAAAAAAAAAACAGAGGUAGGUCAGAGGAGACCGGAGGAAGACGAAGAGGCGGACGGUGUUAAACGCUGAAUUGCAGCAUCGAGUCGGCGAUCUAUGCGACCGACGUUAAUCUCUUCGGUUCUUGGUAGAUCUUUCGUCGUGUUCUUGUUCUUAUUCUUGGAAUCCGGUCGGUUCCGGAACUGUGGAGGAUAUUGUUUUGAGUCGAUAUUAGGCAAAGAAAAUUCACCUUAUGAGCUGGUUUGAUAAGCUGCGUUGUUCCUCCAAUUUCAGCCGCUUCAUUGCCGGCCUUCUCAUCUUCAUACUUUAUCAUUCGUUUCAGUUAAUUUCUAAUUUCUUGAUUCCUAUACACCCGUAAACUCUCUCAGAAGUUUGUUUCGCGUGUUUCGAUUUAUUUUCUUGCUUUGUUGUUCGAAUUAUCAACAACAUCUUCGUCGUCGUCCUCAUUAAGAUCUUUAUGGACACCGACGAUUCUUUCUCCAGUGACAACUUGUUGGACGGCACUAUUGCCUCACUUAUUGAGAGACGUAACAGUUCACACCCGUCUGUCAUCGUAAUUGGUGCCGGUAUUUCAGGUCUUGCUGCUGCACGUAUUCUUCAUGAUGCAUCUUUUGAGGUGGUUGUGCUGGAGUCACGGGAUAGACUUGGUGGCCGUAUCCAUACUGACUACUCAUUUGGUUGCCCUGUGGAUAUGGGAGCUUCAUGGCUACAUGGAGUCUGCAAUGAGAAUCCUUUGGCUCCCUUAAUACGCUGUCUAGGGCUCACGUUGUACCGUACUAGCGGCGACAACUCUGUGUUGUAUGACCAUGAUUUAGAAAGUUAUGCACUUUUUGAUAAGCAUGGCCAUAAAGUUCCACAGCAGAUGGUCGCUGAAGUUGGAGAGACUUUUGAGAAAAUCCUCAAAAAGACAGAGCAAGUAAGGGAUGAACAUACCAGUGACAUGUCUGUCCUUCAAGCAAUAUCGCUUGUGUUAGAUAGGCAUCCAGAAUUGAGACAAGGAGGGCUUGCCUAUGAAGUGUUGCAGUGGUACAUAUGCAGAAUGGAAGCUUGGUUUGCAGCGGACGCAGAUAUGAUAUCACUGAAAUGUUGGGACCAGGAGCAUGUUCUUACUGGUGGUCAUGGACUUAUGGUGCAAGGUUAUGACCCUGUGAUAAAGGCUCUUGCAAAAGAUAUUGAUGUCCGUUUGAACCAAAGGGUUACAAAAGUCUCCAAUUUGUGUAACAAGGUGACAGUCACAGUUGAAGAGGGGAGGAACUUCAUUGCUGAUGCUGUUGUCAUAACAGUACCAAUUGGUAUUCUAAAAGCCAAUUUAAUACAAUUUGAACCAAAGCUGCCCGAGUGGAAGCUCUCUGCAAUUUCAGGUCUAGGUGUGGGAAAUGAAAACAAGAUUGCCUUAAGAUUCGAUACAGUCUUUUGGCCAAAUGUUGAACUCAUUGGUGUUGUUGCUCCCACUUCUUAUGCCUGUGGUUAUUUUCUCAAUCUUCACAAGGCAACAGGCUAUCCUAUACUUGUCUAUAUGGCUGCUGGAAGAUUUGCUUAUGAUCUCGAGAAGCUAUCUGAUAAAUCUGCUGCAGAUUUUGUGAUGUUGCAACUGAAGAAAAUGUUUCCUGAUGCAACUGAGCCGGUUCAGUAUCUUGUGUCACAUUGGGGAACAGAUCCAAAUUCUCUUGGUUGUUACUCCUACGACAUAGUUGGAAUGCCGGAAGAUCUGUACGAGAGGCUUCGAGCACCUGUUGGAAAUUACUUCUUUGCAGGGGAAGCUGUUAGUAUGGACCAUCAGGGAUCUGUCCAUGGAGCUUACUCAGCUGGAGUAAUGGCUGCUGAGAACUGUCAGAGGUAUCUUUUAGAGAGGCUAGGCAGCCUCGAGAAGAUCCAGAUGGUCUCUCUGAGGAGUGAAAUUCUAGAAGCUACGUUUCCUCUCCGAAUCUCAAGGAUGUGAAACGUUAGAAUUUGGAAAGAAAAACGAGUUGGUUAGUUGUUAUUAUGAUCUCAAAAUAAAUGCUAGAUUAGUAUCGCUAUCUGGUUGAUAGACACUUUUUGUUCAUUUUCAAGUCAUAUAUGUAAAAUCCUUAAUAGUAUGGAUCUACAAUUAACAGAAGCUCCUUUGGUUAUUUGGACAUUGGAUA